GGUUCUGGAAAUUAUUUUGAACCACCCUAAAUUUCCAAAUUUUUCAGUUAAUCGUACAAAUGACUUAACUAAUCUAAUUAGGAUUACAAAUUUACAGAUAAUUCAUCCAUUGUUCUCUCUCCUACCCUCAACCUUCUUCAUCUUCAUUCCUCAAAAAUCCCCAAAUUUGUCGAUAAAUUAGGGUUUUCGAAAAUGAUGGGACACGAUCAAGAUUCAACUGAUGAAGAUUCGCACUCUCAAAUGGAGAAUUUAGCUCUCAAUGAUAAUUUUCCUCCUCUUCAAUCGUCUUUCAAUGGCGCUUUUCCAAAUCCUCUUUCUCCUCCUCCUGAGAUCUCCACCACCGCCAUUGAUGAUUCUUCAGCCGAAACCCUAACUCAAUCGAACCAGAACAAUAUCCAGAACCCUAAUUCAUCGCUCAAUUCGUUCCUUGAACCUCCUUCUUACGCAGAUGCGAUGUUUCGAUCGUUUGAUGCGGAUGCUGAUGUUGUCGGAGAAAUCAACGGUCAUGAUCGGAGUGAUUCGCGGUUGUCGGAUUCGGAGUAUAUCUACAUUUCGGUGUCGGAUCCUGAGAAAGUUCCAGAAGCUUCGAAUUCGUUGGUUCCAGGUAGUGGUUCUUACUAUACUUACUUGAUUACAACUAGAACGAAUUUGCCUGAGUUUGAAAGUACUGAGUUUAGUGUUAAGAGGAGAUUUCGAGAAGUAGUGACGCUUUCGGAGCGAUUAUCGGAGACAUUUCGAGGUUAUUUUAUCCCAUUGAGGCCAGAUAAGAGUAUAAUGGAGAGUCAAAUGAUGCAAACGAAUGAUUUUGUUGAACAAAGAAGAGUUGCCAUUGAAAAGUACUUGAAGAAAUUGGCAGUUCAUCCUGUUAUUCGAAAGAGCGACGAAUUUAAGGUGUUUUUGCAGGUGGAAGGGAGGCUUCCGCUUGUUAAAACUACGGAUGUGGCGUCGAGGAUGCUUGAUGGAGUGGUGAAGUUGCCAGGGCAGCUUAUGGGAGAGUCUACCGUGGCGCCCGAGGAGGUGGUUCAGCCGGCGAAGAGUGGGAGGGAUUUGUUUAGGUUGUUUAAGGAGUUAAGACAGGCGGUGUCGAAUGAUUGGGGUGGAGUGAAGCCUACAAUUGUUGAGGAGGAUAAAGAGUUUUUGGAAAAGAAAGAGAAACUUAAUGAUCUUGAACUGCAGCUUAGCAAUGUGUCUCAACAGGCGGAAAUGCUAGUGAAAGCACAGCAAGAUAUUGGUGAGACAAUGGGGGAGUUGGGUUUGGUAUUUGUUAAGAUGACAAAGUUUGAAUUCGAGGAAGCACUUUAUGAAUGCCAAAGAACGCGGGCAGCUGACAUGAAGAAUAUGGCAACAGCUGCAGUUAAAGCGAGUAGAUUGUAUCGUGAACUGAAUUCUCAGACUGUCAAGCAUUUGGACAAGCUCCAUGAUUAUCUAGGGAUGAUGCUAUCUGUAGACAAUGCCUUUACUGACCGGUCUAAUGCUUUGCUGACUGUCCAAACUCUUGUAUCUGAACUAUCUUCUUUAGAGUCACGAGUUGAAAAACUAGAAGUUGCUUCAUCUAAAAUUUUUGGUGGUGACAAGUCCAGAAUGCGAAAAAUUGAAGAAUUGAAAGAAGCAAUCAAAGCAACUGAGGAUGCCAGAUGCUGUGCAGUCAAGGAAUAUGAAAGAAUCAAGGAAAAUAAUAGGAGUGAGCUUGCUAGACUAGAUAAAGAAAGGCAGGCAGACUUUUUGAGCAUGCUGAAAGGCUUUGUUGUUAAUCAGGCGGGAUUUGCAGAAAAAAUGGCUAGUGUUUGGGAAAAGGUUGCCGAUGAAACAAAAGGAUACGGAAAUGGUGUUAGUUGAUGUAUUUCAUGUAUAUACUGUACAAUUUUUGUUCUGUUGUUUUUGUAGUCUAAUUUUCUGUACAAUUGAGAACAGUUAAGUUCAUUUUAUAGUACCCUUAUCCACGUUCUGUACAUAGCUAAUUAUUGAAGAGGUCUGCGUUACCUACGAGUAUUUCCCUAAUCUGUUGCAUUGUCUGAGGCUUCGGCUGUUUAGUGUUUACCAUUACAUUUCAACUUAAUUCAGUCAUUCAGAAUGUAUUCAAUCUUGUAUAUACUCUAGUAUACUAUGCUUAGCUGUUGUGAACGUUAUUUUGAACUAAAGCAGCAUAUUUUCAGA